AUGGAGGCGGUCGGAGGUGCUACGGUGGAGGAGCACUUGCUCGCGGACUGCUUCGAGCAGAACGUUGGAUACGAACCCAUGAACAUGCCAGGGCAAGAGCGCAUCGCCCUGGAGAAUAUUGACCAGUGCCAACAGCGCUGCAAACAAACGGCCAAGUGUGCGCACUUCACCUGGUGGAGCGACGGUGGGUGUCACCUACAAGAUGACAAGGCCAAGAAGAAGAAACAGGGUGGACUGCAAGCUGGGCCUCCCGCAUGCCAGGAGACGACCAUGCGGCACUGCUGCUUUGUGGCCUCCCAACAGGCCGGCGUGAGACAUGGGGAGGCAGAGGAGGACGGAGGACGAAACAGCCCUUCAGCCCGCACGAACCAAUUCCCUUCCCAAGCCGACGAAACAAGAGAAGCAGCAGCUUUUCGCGGCCAGCAAGACCCUCCAGCGAGGUGCUGCGGGGAAGUUGCCGAGCACGUAGCUGGCAUGGAAUCGAUGCUGCGUCGAAGCCGUUUCGAAGUCUUCAGGAGCUGGAGAUCCAGAUUGGCACUAGAGCCUUGGCAUGCUAAAGAGCCCACGGCACGCUGUUUCAUCUCGGCCGCGCAGGCGAAGCGGGCGAUGGAGGCUGAGGUGAAGGGCCGCUCCUUCGCGGCGCUGGUGACCGAGGGCCGAGAGCUGUGGCGCAAGGAGCUCCAGAAGGUGGAAGUCCUUGAUGCUGGGCCUGCAACCGCGACCACCUUCAGGCGCCUGGAGGUCUUCUAUACUUCGCUCUACAGGGCGCUGUUGUUUCCCCGACGUUUGGACGAAGACACGCCCACAGGCGGGGUCUUGGGCGGAGGCAGAGCGAUCGGAGCUGGCAGGUGUGGUGCGUGGCAGCUGGCGGACAUGUAUUCUGGCUUGGCGCUGGGGAUGAAGAAUGUAGUCUCACUGUGGAUUAAGCAUUACUAUGCUAGGAGCAAGGACGCUACGAACGUAGCUCCGGGCCUUACUACUAGUAACAAGAAGCUCCGAGCGUCACAAAGGGCAUCGCUACGAACGGAGCGAUCGGACGCUACGUGA